CCUGAAUGACGUGAAUGGAACGGAAUGGAAACGCAUUCGAAAUCUUUUCGUCUACAACACGUUGGAGAUGGUCAACGAGGGAGAGUGAAAUAUAAAAGAUUGAGGAUUAAUGAGAUGGCAGAGUAAUAGCCAGCGAGAUGAAAGAUUGAAAGCGCAGCGCGUGAAGAUCUUCUCGACCAACGUUUCGGAUGUACGUAAGUGGAAGCGGAAAAUCCUUCCGGAAUUACGAUCUUCUCGAAGCUCUUUGAUUGUCACUGACACGAGUCGCGAUGAGGACUAUCGUUUACUGUUCGACGCUCCUCCUGAUAUCGGCGUCGAUCGUCGGAUCAGUCAACGAAUGCGAAGAUCCCAAUUUUCACUCUUUAGAGACCCUGGAGUCGUCCAAGCUGGAGUGUGGCCCGGCCUUCAAGAACCGCUGUCGCUGCCUCAGAACAUGCUACGACGGUCAUCAUCAGUACGUCGUGAAUUGCACGGGUACCGGAUUCCACGACGCGUCCCCGCUGGCGCAACUGCCUAACGAGACACAAGUGCUCAUCUUUACGGGAAACGAGUUGGAAGAGCUGCCUUGGAACGUGUUCGGCACUCUGGAUAGCCUGCCGCUUCUGAGAGUGAUCGAUAUGUCGAACAACAAGAUACGCGAGAUACGCGGCAAGGCCUAUCACCACGUGCAACACGUGGAGCGCCUUAUACUCGACUUCAACGAGCUCUCGCUAGACCCCGCGAGGAGCCACCCGCGGGUGUUCUCCAAUUUCAUUUCCCUUCUGGAGCUGCACUUAACCGACGCCUUCGAGGACGGUCCACCGAGGAAUCUGGCGUCGACGCUCCACGACAUCUUCGUGAACAGCAAUCUCACGCAGCUGAUAAAACUCCAUCUCGAACAGAACGAGAUCUCGGAGUUCCGAGACGUCAACGUAUUCUGCGAUCUACCGAAUCUCCUCGAUCUUCAUCUCGGCGAUAACGAUCUGACCGCGCUGCACUUCAAUCUGUCGUGCCUGCACAACCUGCGCUUCCUGGAUCUACGGCGAAACAAAUUCACGAAGGUCCUCGAGCGCGAUCUCCACACCAUGGACAAUCUCGCUAAGCACGAGCGAUCCGUAUCCGUGGAUUUCUCUGGCAAUCCCUUCGAGUGCUCUUGCAAGCUUAAUCCGUUCAUCAAAUGGAUGAAGAAGACGAAAGUAUUUGUCCGAAACAAGGCCAACUUACAGUGCUACGAGGGUAACGCAAUUCAUGACUUCCACGAAACGAAGAAUUGCGCUCCGAAACUACUAGUCUCCACCCGGCGAGGGGCGACGGUGGUGCUUUGCUUUCUCUCGAUGGUGCUGAUCGCCCUGGUGUGCGCCUUGGUCUAUCUACAAAGGGCGAAACUUCAGAAGAAGAUCGAACCGGUGCUCGACUCGGUCAGCAAGAGGGUGCGAUACACUUCGAUAGCGAAUGGUGAUACUCGCGAGGACGUGUGAACAAAGUAAGGGGAGAGAAACUGUAUUGCAACAAACGAGAAAAAAAUGCCGCUCGUCAAGCGACUUCGUCUCGACGAGGUCAUCAGCUCGUAUCCGGAACUCGGGCCGACAGCUCCAGAUGGUGGAUACUCGUGGUUGGUCCUCCUAGGCGUUGCCUUCAUUCAGAUUACCGUGCCCAGCGUUCUGUCGAUGUACGGUAUAGUGCGGGGGUAUUUGGCCAUGAACAGUUCGUCGAUUUACUUCGAUCUGUGGAGCGAGGUCACCCUGGCGCCUCUACUGUUCGUCGCUUUUUGGAGCUUAGCAGAUCCGUGGACCAAGGCCAUCACGGAUUUGGCGUCGAUACCGCGACUAGUUGGCCUCAUCGGCGUGGCUCUUCUUACCACGGGGGUGAUAGCUUCCGGAUAUCUGGCGACUGGCGGGGUGGGCGCGUAUUUAGCCGGCCUGAGUGCCGGCGCGGUGAUGGGCAUAGGGGCGAGUUUCGUGAUCGUCGAAAGCGAGACCGUGCUGCGGAGGCAUUUCAGGGUGAGACUACCACUGGCGCUGACGUUGAAGAACAUCGCCACGUCCAUCGGCUUCAUCCUCGUGCCGGCGCUCACGCAUUUCCUGCUCGUGGAAACCGGUCUGAAGGCCGGGCUCUUACUGAUGACGAUCGCCUUCGUUCCCACCGCCGUAGGCACUCUGACCUUGCGCUUUCCAGCUCCACAGCGAGCGUCCCCUUACAGGUUGCUUCUGGCCGACGAGGAUAACGAAUUGGGCAUCAGGAUGUCUCCGGAUAGAGAGUCAGAGUCGGAAACACGGGAUAACGGCGCGGAUAACGUCGGCUAUGGUACCGGCGACAAACAGGAUAGAAAUGUCGCGCCUUUGUUUAGCGAGGUGAACAGCAUCUACGGGUAUCAGGAUCCGGACGAGGACGUUGAACUCUUCGUCAGUCCGACCGCACGAUCAGACAGCAAGUGGAAGCAGGAGUUUCGCGUGGCUCGCUACUUCAGGUUCUGGGCGGCUGUGGUGACGUGGACCGGGAUAAGGGCCGGAUCGCUCUUCUUCUGGAUCUUGGUACCCGCCUUGUUCCUGCAGCGCGCAGAUCCGGUUUAUUUCACGGACGACUGGGUGACGUUGCUGGUGGUCGCCGGUGUCGGUUCGUUCGUACCCAGCAUCGCCAGCUACUGGUCCAUCGUCACCACCGUUCAGUAUAGAAGAAUAUAUUUCGGUGGCGCCUGUUGGCUCGGCAGUGUUGUUUUGUUAAGUUUAACAUAUACAUAUGACUACUAUUGGUUUCUAACGUGGUCGUUGCUCGGUGGAGUCAGCAUCAGCAGUCUGCUUGCUUGUCAAGACUUGACGCUGUUCGACGUGCUGGGUAAUCAAUUCGCGCAUCGCUCGCACAGAUUGUUCUCCACCAUCGUCGGAUUGGGUGUGCUGGCCUUCUGCUUCGUGCACAGCGAGAACGCGUGCCUUCGCGUCGUCGCGUUGCUGCAGUUUCUUGGCGGAUGCUACUGGAUCGUGCCGCCUAUUUGGGAAAUCAUACGAGCGCAGAGGUUGAGAGAGGGCUGACAAAUAUCAUUACAUAAACAAUACGCUGCUGUUUAUCGCAGAAAUAUUUAUAUUAAGGCGUUAACAUCGAUGACGGAAACUGGUGAUGAUCGCGAUUCAUACAAAUAGUAAAAAAUACUCUUACGAAAUAAUCUUAAGAAUAGAUACGUGUACUCCUGUGUAACCGAAAUCUGUGCGAACUGCAGUGUUCACCAGAAAUAUGUGAUUACUUAAUUCUUCAUACCAUAUGUCAAUUCGUAAGUUACAUAACCGACUAUGGAUUGUCAAGAAUGUAUAAGGCAAUAUCGCAACAAAUUUCAGGACUUUAUGUUCCUUAUAACUUGAUGGAGAGGCAGUAAAACAAGUGUUUUUACAUUAUACGAUUGUCUAAAUAUGACCACAAUAAAGUGUCGUGAAAACUUUAUUAAAAUAACUUUCUUAAUCUUCGACAUGUCAACAAUGCACAUCACGGUAUUAUCACACUGAUCAUUGUCUUAUUUUUAGUGAUAAAAUUAUUCUAUUAUUUGUUUUUAUUUUGCAAAUCUUUUUAUAUCUGCUUAGAAUACAUACGAUCGCAUAUCUCAAUCUAAAUAUUAGUUAUUCAUUAGCAGUACAUACUAAUAUGGUUGGCAAAAAUAAAAAAUGAAAGAGAUCGAUAAUAUCUCAAGUAAAAGCUAAUAUGCGUUCGCGUAAAAGAGUCACUACCGUGUCUCUUGAUAAAGUUAUAAAUAAUUUAAAAUAUAAGAAAACAACGGCACAACAAUAAAAAAGGUUAUACGAUAUUUGACAGAUCUUAAGCUGAAACAUACGUAUACAACAUAUAUUUUAUGCCCUUUAGCUCAUUUAACAAUUUAAUUUUUUAAUUAACUAAUAAAAUAAAUUUCGCUGUUAUACAGAAGACAAACGGAUGAUCUCAAUAUGUUAUCGUUUUACAUUUCAGUAUGCGAUAUUUUCUGCCGCAUUUUGUAUUUGCGUGAAUUAUUCAGAAGAACAUAUUAAUAACUAUAUUAACAAUAAAUUAAUAGAAUACUAUAAUUUUAAAACGUCCCAGAUUAUAAUUAUAAAAUAGCAAGAAUUUAAUUAUGCGUCCGUAGAGAGACGCUAGAAGAUAAUAAAAGUUAAUAGAAGAAUAAACUUUUGGAUAAUAAUAUACUUACAAAGCCUGUGAAUAGCGCUAAUUUCGGUGCCAUGCGCAGGUCUUCUCUUUUCGUGGCUGUAUCUUGAUCGGGCAUCAUUUUGUCCGCAAUAUGCUUAUAGACUUUUCCAUUCAGCAUUAACGUAAAAAAUAAAAAAGCCGUCGUACCA